AUGAAUGCUUGGUACCUUCGUAAACUGGUUGUUGAAAUUUUACAAGCUAAAAAAUUAUCCGAUCUUCAAAAGCAAACAAUACAAGCAGUUGAAAAAAAGACCGAACUUCUCAAUGCAGCGAAUGCAAAUAUACCAUCUAUGUGA